AUGGCUGGACCUUCCAGAUGCGUGAAUGGAUUUAAACACAGCAUGAAAUGGAAGUCGUGCAGCACAAGUUUGCUCCAGUGGUGUCGCUCCCUCCAUGUGGACAGUCCUCCUUACAAACCCUCACUGACCACCAGCUAUGUCCACGGCACCUCCUCCGUCUCACUGCUCCCCCUGACUGUAAGCCAAUGCCUGGAUGCCACAGCCCAACGCUGGCCCAACCGUGAAGCUGUGGUCUUUCUGCAGGACGGCAUCCGGAAAACCUUUGCACAACUGCAGCACGAUGUUGACAAGGUGGCUUCUGGCCUCCUUGCUUUGGGCCUGAAGCCAGGUGAUCGGCUUGGAGUUUGGGCACCGAACACAUAUGAGUGGAUCCUUUUCCAGUUUGCUACAGCCAAGGCUGGAAUUAUACUGGUGUCAUUGAACCCAGCUUAUGAAAUGAAGGAAAUAGAGUUUGCUCUUCAGAAGGUGCAAUGUAAAGCAGUGGUGUGCCCCAGCCACUUUCAAACCCACAAGUUUUGUGAGAUGCUGAGGGAGAUCUGCCCAGAGAUCGACACGGCACCGUCAGGCGUGAUCAAAAGCUCCAGGGUGCCAGACCUGCGUAUGGUAAUUGUGACCGAUAGCAGACAGCCAGGAAUGCUCCAUGUAGAGGACGUGAUGCAAGCAGGGGAGGCUCGGCACCACAAAGAGCUGAUGGAUCUGCAGAGCAAACUGUCCUUCGAUGAUCCCAUCAACAUUCAGUUCACAUCUGGUACUACUGGGAGUCCAAAGGGAGCCACUCUUUCUCACCACAACAUUGUAAAUAAUGCUUACUUCUUGGGUCGCCGAAUGGGUUACGACUGGAGACCUCAGGUGCGAGUGUGUGCGCCUAUACCCAUGUACCACUGCUUUGGCUCUGUAAUUGGGGGGUUGAGCAUGGCAAUUUAUGGUGUCACACUGGUCUUCCCUUCUCCAAGCUUCAACAGCCUUGCCAAUUUAGAGGCCAUUCAGAGAGAGAGGUGCAAUUUUGUGUAUGGCACUUCCACCAUGUACAUUGACAUGCUCAGCCAACAGCAUUUACACAAGUAUGAUUUGUCAUCCCUUGAAGCUGGGCUCAUAGGAGGUUCGCCGUGCCCUGCUGAGAUUGUGAGAAAAUUGAAAACAGACAUGAAUAUCAAAGAGAUAAUGAUUGGCUAUGGAGCCACUGAAAACAGCCCUGCGACAUUUUUGGGAUUCCCACUAGAUAACGAGGAGCUGAAGAUAAAUACCUCAGGGUGCAUCAUGAAUCACACUGAGGCCAAAGUGGUGAACCCUGACACUGGGGAGAUUGUCCCUGUAGGGGCCUCAGGUGAGCUGAUGAUCAGAGGCAGUUGUGUGAUGCUCGGGUACUGGGACGACCCUGAGAAAACCAAAGAGGCUAUCUCCCCAGACCGCUGGUACAGGACUGGUGAUAUCGCCAGCCUGAACCAUCUGGGUUACUGCAGCAUUCAAGGACGCUUGAAGGACAUGAUCAUCCGAGGCGGAGAGAACAUCUACCCUGCUGAGAUAGAGCAAUUUCUCUGUAAGCAUCCCAAAGUGCAGGAGGUGCAGGUGGUUGGAGUGAAAGAUGAGAGGCUGGGCCAGCAGGUGUGUGCCUGCAUCAUACUGAAGGAGGGCCAAACCUCCAGUGCAGAAGAGAUAAGAGCGUUCUGCAAAGACCAGAUUUCUCGUUUCAAGAUCCCACACUACAUGGUAUUUGUGGACAGCUUCCCUAUGACUGGCUCUGGAAAGAUCAAGAAGAUCGAAUUAGCGGAGGCAAUGGAGGAGAAAUUAGGCCUUUAAUCUUGUGGACCCUGACUGAGAGUGUUGAAAAUGUUCCAAAACUACAUACAUGACCAACUGCAGGACUGUUAUUUAUUAUCUUGGAGUUGUUUUUUUUAAAAUUCUGGAUGUAUGAAAAUCUUAAUAUUUCCAUGACGUACAUUUUUUUUUUGUUCGCUUGAAGAAGAAAUCUGAAUAUUUACAGUUUAAACACUGUACAGUUGUAAUGACCGUGUCACAGCUGAGCAAACUUUACUAAUAAAUAUACAAGAGUUGACUGAGAACUUUAGAAAAUGACGGGUCUUUGUACUGUACAAUGAAGGAAUACCUUCUUCAGUUAUAGUAUACAAUCCAAACGACACACCAUAUUCAUCAUCUCUAUCUUUAUUUAAACAAUUCUGACAAACAGUUUGAUAUCAUAGUACAAUGGCUUUAACCACUGUAUAAUAGUAAAACUCAUUAUCUGACCACAUGCCAUACAGAAUCUGAAAUAAAUAGGACCUUAGUGCCAAAUGUCAAUAUGUACAACGUCGUAGGCAAAAUUACCAUCUAUACAACCUAUAUACACUGACUGUAGAACAUACUUUUGUAACAGGCUCCUACAGUGCUCAAAGUGACAUUGCAUAUUAUUAAAUAACAAUGAAGCCUUUGAAUUAUACUCCAAGCUGUCAAGAUGGUAACAAAGAUAUGUGAAGAUGAAGGAAAUUAGGGGGGAAAUGGAUUCAUUCUUAGUAAAAUGAAUGCAGAGUCAAUAUCACACCUGCUAAAAAAAAUCAGAGUCACACCAAAUUAACAUCAUACAAAAGCAGAUAAAUACCAAAUGUGCUGCAUGGCACUAAGGCCACAACGCGACAUCACUUCAGAUAUAUCUGGCAAAACUAAUGGACAGUGUCGACAAGGAUCCUUGAGUCACUUUUAACCGUUUUGCUUUGAGUAGUUUACUGUAUGGUUGGGGGAUUCUAUAGAGCCAAAUUCACAUAUCAAUUUUCAACAGUGGGUCAUUUCCAACAUAUCACAAUGAGGUAAAUAAGCUUUCAACAAGAUACAAAAAAAAA